AUGGUUCUCAACGUUCACAAAAUAAGGUCUCCAGUAUUUCAAAUUCAUCAUGCAUUGAAGAAACAUUACUCGGUCGUACCGAAAGGUACAGCAAAGGCGAGCGAUCUGUUUGCCGAUGAGCAGCGAAGACAGCGUGAUAAUGUUGGGCGAAUCGAGAAGAUUGAAGUACGAUAUCUUGGUUUACCGCAAGAUACGACGCUUGUGAUGAACCGCGAACUUUCCACACCGUAUGAUUGCGCACGCCAUAUUGGUGAAAAGUACUGCCAACAGUCAGCUUUGGCUCUGCUGGACAACAAAACACCGUGGGAUAUGCGUCGACCAUUGCGUGAUUCGUGUACGCUUCAGCUGCUUAAUUUUACCUCGCCCGAACCACAUAUCGCUAACAAAGCGUUCUGGCGAUCCUGUUCCUUUCUGCUCGGUGCCGUACUACAAGCCAGCUUCAAACCGGAAGCGGGACUCUUCUUACACAGCUUCCCCAAGCCAAAUAUAAAAUCAGGUAGCUUCGUGCAUGAUAUCGUGUUGUCCGAAGAGCACUGGUCUCCAACCGUGUCCGAGCUUCGCGCACUUUCUAUCGAAAUGGUAAAAAUAUCACAGAAAGAUCUACCGAUCGAGCGGCUAGACGUGAGCAGCGAACUGGCGCUGGAAAUGUUUCACGAUAAUCCGUACAAGCGUGAACAGAUACCGAGCGUGGCUGCACAGAACAAUGGACAGGUGACGGUGUACAGAGUGGGAGAACAUGUCGACAUCAGCAAAGGUCCAAUGAUGGGUUCCACCGGGUUGCUCGGCCGGUGUACAAUCUCGGUAGCACAUCCAAUCAAGGAAGGCAGUGAAAGAGGGAAGCAUUUUUACCGCAUGCAAGGUAUCGCUCUUCCAGCGAUACUGCGGAUUGGUCACUUUGCGUACAACAUACUGGAGAAUCGUUCGAGGAAGUUGAAUCCUGCCAAGUUGCCGAACGAACCGUUCGAGGAUGCCGUUGCAGAACUAGUAGCGUAA